GUCCCUGCUGCCCCGACAGAUGCCUGCGGACUCCCAGCCCCCUCCCCUCACCUCCUCCCCUGAGCAGCCGGUGGGCCUGGCCUCGAGGCCACAGGGCUGAGUUCUCCCCUCUGCCUCAGGUCCCAUUUCUCACCAACAGCUUCCACCCCUCGCCUCCACGCCCCUACUUUUGCCCUUUGGGUGGAUCAAAGACUGGACACCGCCUUUGCCUAGCUCAGAGAUGAUCCCUAAAGAUUGUCAGUUUAGGCUUGAAUUAGGGAGGUUAUGGGAUGGGAAAUGCGGCAGGGCACGCCAGUGGAGCUAGAGAGAGAGAAAGAGGAAGGGACACGAUGGGUUUAGAGGACUCUGCUAUCCCAGGGCCUACCUGGUCUUUUGGCAGAGGGUAAGGGCUGCCCCCUUCCAAUCCUUCCUAGAGAUGCUAUAGUGGAAUGGGGUCCUGAGGUUACCAACCUGCCCAGGCCCACUGUAUAUCUGAGGGUCGUGGGGUAGGUAUGGGGGUGGGGGUGGGGGACUCCAGAAGGCCCUGCAUAUGGAUCUGGGAGCAGAGUGCUUCCCAAACCCAGAGCAUUAAUUCACCCAAAAGUAAUCUUUAAGGACCCAAGAGCUGGACAUGCAAGGAAGGAGAGGGGACCUUGAGGUACAGCUGUUCAGGGAAAAGGGUGUCAGAGGAGACAGCAGACAGAAAGGGAAGGAAGUCUACUUUUUGAAUACUGAAGCACAAAUUCCUAAUAGAGUUUCUUAUAUUUACUGGCCAACCAUGUCACCUAUCCCAUCAAGAAAAGAGGAAGUAGAUGAUUGCUUUGGUUCCCCUUCCUUCCAGAGCUGUGCCUCUCUGCCUUUCUCCCAGGCCUGCAUCCAGCCUACUCUCACCCUAGCAGCCAGCUGACCCCUGUCCAGGGUGGCUAUGCAUAGGGUACUUUCUUCCCGGCCUCCCCAGGACUAGAAACAUGAUUAAAGAGAGACCAGAGAAGGGAUGGUUCUCUUGAGUAGGGGGUGCAGGGUAAGCCGUGGUACCCCACCUUCCCUACUGGCAAGUAUUAUAACAUUUGACUGAGCUCUGCACAUGGAGGAGGCAAUGAUGGAGCUGAGCUGCUUGUCCAUUCUCAAAUUCAAGCCCUAGCACACCAGUUCUGGGUGUCAAAAAAGAGCUUUGGGAAGUGCAUAGCUGUGAAGGCCAAAAUAAUUUGAGGAGAGAGGAGGAUGGAAGACUGACCCUCCCCUGGGCAUCUGUCCUCUGGCACCCAAUUUUAGUCCAGAUGCACCUUUAAGGAACUGGGGUGACUAAUUGAUUUGCAAUUGGCUCUCUUAGGAGAGGUAGGCAGUGUACUCCCUGGGCUAGAUCCCCAGGCCGCAAUAUGUCUCACAUCCCCCAAGCUUCCGGGCCCUCUCUCUUGGGGUUGGGUCACCACAGCCGGCUAGGCUGGGUUUGUGCCCACCCUCCUGGGUCUGACAGUGGGAGGUGCUGUGGUUCCAGACAGAGCCAAACUUCCCUUGUAGAGGAUGUGGGGGGCGGAGGGGCCUUUAGCGGGCAGCGGAGCUCAUUAGGCAGAGCGGGGUGCCGAGAGGUGCGCGCUGCCGGCCCCUGAGGCCGCCUUUGAGCGGCCGGGGAGGCUUCAUUAAGCGGCGCUAACAAGGCGUACAAAUGCCAGGCCCAGCAGCUUUCUUGCAAUGCUGGGGCCUUAGCAGGGCGCCGGGCUAAUGAGGGUCACUCAAAGGGGCUGAUCAAAUAUUCAAAUUUCCCCCGCACGCCAGGAACUUUUAUGCAUGGAGAAAGUUGAGGCAACUGAGCUGUGUUUACGGUCCUGGGCGACAAUUGCUAGGAGCGCCGGUCCCCGGAGGCUAAGACAGGGGGGCGGUGGGGCGGGGGCGCAGGGAGGGUGUAGUUGUUGUUGUUGUUGUUGUUUUUCAAAGGAAAGUAAUGGGGUCCUUGAAGGGCUUCGCCGCCUCCCCGCCUGCGUGCUGCGCUCCCCUGCGCCCUCCCUGGCCGCCCGCGCCAAGCGCCUCAGUUUGCAGCUUGCGGGGAGGCCCAGAUUGCGGGCCACCCGGCCAGGUCUCGCCUACAGACAUCCUGGGAGCCGGAAGGGGCGUUGCUCCCCCCCCACAGGACAAACCUUCCCGGGCCGACUGGGUCUGCGAUUUAGAGCUGAGCUGGGCUGAUUGGGUGCAGCUGCCCCAGCUCUCCGGAUCCUUCUUUCCCAGAGACCGGAAGACCCACUGGCUCUCCCCGUAACCCGAAACAAGGAGAGAGUGGGAUGUCUCUCAGGCAAUUCUCCUGAUGGAGUUGAGACUUCCCCAGUGCUGGGGUUGGCGCUAUUUGUCAGUCCAUGGUAUUCCGCUCCCCCCUAGACCUCUAUUCCUCCCACUUCUUGUUGCCAAACUUCUCCGAUUCUCACCACCGCUCCCUACUUCUGGCGAGUAGCGGCGGCGGGAACGGUGCGGGAGGCGGCGGCGGCGCGGGAGGCGGCAGCGGCGGCGGGAACGGUGCGGGAGGCGGCGGUGCUGGCGGAGCAGGCGGCGGCGGCGGCGGCGGCGGCGGCUCCAGGGCCCCCCCGGAAGAGUUGUCCAUGUUCCAGCUGCCCACCCUCAACUUCUCGCCGGAGCAGGUGGCCAGCGUCUGCGAGACGCUGGAGGAGACGGGCGACAUCGAGCGGCUGGGCCGCUUCCUCUGGUCGCUGCCCGUGGCCCCCGGGGCGUGCGAGGCCAUCAACAAACACGAGUCGAUCCUGCGCGCGCGCGCCGUGGUCGCCUUCCACACGGGCAACUUCCGCGACCUCUACCACAUUCUGGAGAACCACAAGUUCACUAAGGAGUCUCACGGCAAGCUGCAGGCCAUGUGGCUCGAGGCGCACUACCAGGAGGCCGAGAAGCUGCGCGGCCGCCCACUAGGCCCGGUGGACAAGUACCGCGUGCGCAAGAAGUUCCCGCUGCCGCGCACCAUCUGGGACGGCGAGCAGAAGACGCAUUGCUUCAAGGAGCGGACUCGGAGCCUGCUGCGGGAGUGGUACCUGCAGGACCCCUACCCCAACCCCAGCAAGAAACGCGAACUGGCGCAGGCCACCGGCCUCACUCCCACACAAGUAGGCAACUGGUUUAAGAACCGGCGGCAGCGUGACCGCGCCGCAGCGGCCAAGAACAGGCUCCAGCACCAGGCCAUUGGACCGAGCGGCAUGCGCUCGCUGGCCGAGCCCGGCUGCCCCACGCACGGCUCGGCAGAGUCGCCGUCCACGGCGGCCAGCCCGACCACCAGCGUGUCCAGCCUGACGGAGCGCGCGGACACCGGCACCUCCAUCCUCUCGGUAACCUCCAGCGACUCGGAAUGUGAUGUAUGAUAGCCAAGGCUGCCCUCCUCCCUCUCCUUCCCCUCCUACCUCCUCCUUUCCCUCCUCCUCCCAGACCUCCUCCUCUUACUCCUCUUCCUCCUCCUCCAUCCCCAGAACAAACCGAAAUCAGGAUACACACCAUACACACACAAGUCCACACACACUCCCACCCCAGCCAAAAAUAUAUAAAAACCAAGAAAAAUAACAAAUUAACCGCAAACUAUCAACAACCCCAACCACCAUCUACCACCAAGGCCACCCCAAAGGACCGCGACGCCAACAGACAGUCAAACGCUGAUGUUGCGGGCAGAAAACAUAAAGGAGGUGACAAUUGUAUACUUUCUAGGACAAGCACGGCUUCUCCUUUCGGUUCCCACGGACCGGCACCCCACCUGCAUGACGAUUUAUUUGUAUCUGGGAAAAUAUUCUCUCUAGUUAAAAAUGAUUUAAAAAGAGUCGGCUAUACAAAAACCAAUCACCACCACGAGGACAAGACGACAAAAGCAAAACAAACAAAAAGAAAAAAAUAAAAUCGCGAUCUCCGUUCCGAAUUUGUUAAGAAAAAAAAAAGGAAGGAAGGGAAAAAAAAAGAACUCCUCGAGAGGGAAAUAGCAAAUGUUUCUCGCCUUUUGUUGCUCUUUCUCUCUUUUUUUUCUCUCUUGCUCUCUUUCUUUCUCUUUCUUCUCUCUGUUUUUAAGUCCAAGUAUUGGUCAAACAAGAUGCAAUCUUCUGUUUUUUGUUCAGCAGACAAUCAUUUUCUUCGUAAGCACCUUUUUCUCUCCACUCUGUCACUGCCUGUGUGGGUACUGGUUAUAAAUGUGGAAAAAGAAUAGUUAUGACUGUAACAGAUUUUUAUUUUUAUUUCAAAAUUUUAUAUGAAUUAUGUAUAUCUUAAUGAUCGGUCAUUUUCCCAGUUUGUAAUAUAUGUGUAGAAAUUGCCUGUAUAUGAUAUUGCUUUUUCUCCUCUCUCUUUCUCUCUUCUCCCUCUUUCUUCCUCCCCCCUGCUCACCUGUCUCUUUCCUUUUUGGGGUUCUCCUCCCACCCGGUGUUCCUGGCGUCGACUUGGCAGUCAAGGCGUGGCGUGGUGGCCCGGGUUAGGAAGAGGGACCCAUCGCUAGCGAAAGCGGAGAGUGAGACUGUAGUAUUCUUAUGCAAAAGCUAUUUCAAGUAUUUCUUAGCUGCUUUGGAGGUAUCUCUCACUCCCCGUAGGGCGCUUUUACUGUUAUCUUAAACUGCGUGUUUAUCUAUAUGUAAAAACUUUCUAAAGCAAAUACAGUAUUCUCCAUUUUCUUAUCA